ACUUUUUGCACACUUUAACUGCGUUUAUUAACCCGCUGUUUUCUGCUCAACUUUAGUUUUUGUUAUUAAUGUACACACUUAACAUGAAUAAUCGUAAUUGUACGCUGGUAAUGCCUCCAAUUUGUGACCAGAAACGUGGUGCUCGGACCAGUCCUGGGCCGGACCUCUGGGUGAAUCCUGACCGCCGACAGCUGCACCUGAGCCGGCAGAGCAACCCGGAAGCGGCCCGGGGACUGGAGGAGGCUCCCAGGCUUCCAUCACAUCUGGAUCCCAAACCAGUGAAACUCCACAUUCUGGGACAGCAACACGUGGGGAAGGCUGGUAAAAGAGCGGAUAUCGUUUCCCUGAGGAAGCAUCUGGGCCGCACCAGGCUGUUGGCAUCGGCAAUUAAGCGAGGCCAGAGCUACUUCCACCGCCUGCAGAAGGAGGAAGAGGAGGAGCGGGAGGAGGAAGAGAGGCAGCGGGUGAGGAGGGAGGAGCAGCUGAAAACAGAGCCGCGACCUCCCAGGUUCUCCUCUGACUCCGACAGCGAAUCUGACGGGUGGCCUCCUCCGCCUGCGGGAACCAGCCGGUCAGGUGCGACCGAAGCACGGCCACGCAGGAAGAAGAGCCGCUCAGCACGACCUUUCACCCUCCAUCACUCCCUGACCUCCCCUCUGCUGAGUGAAGCGCCGAGGAAGGUCAUCUACCGCCAGCUCUGCUGUCUGAGUUGGCUGCUGGAGGCCUUGACUCUGGACCGCAACGGCAGAGUCGGCCCGCUCGCCGCCUGCUGGGACCCCAAAGACCCUGGCCGAGGCAGGACCACCAUUAAGGCGCUGAAAAAAGAAAGAGCCAUUAAGAACAAAUGGGAGCAGUUUGUUUCAACCAAGCCUCAGAGAGCUCCACCCAGGCGCCGUCGCAGCUCCUCUGCUCGCCUCUACAUCCGCAGGGAGUCCUCCAUGAGCGUGGCCUCCCUCUUCGCCCUCACCUCCGUCACCGUGGGCAGCAGCAGUGUGUCCUCUCUGGUCCAGGUCGCUGAGGAGGACACGGAGUCUCCAGACCGACCUCCAUCAGAGGGUCUCCGGACACUGCCAAAUGUCCACCAGAAAGUUGAGACAAAAGGCCAGAGCUCACAAACCAGCAGCUGUCCUGCCAAACCCCCGUUAGCCAUCAGCCAUCUAAUCGACAACAAGGCCGCCGCGCUGCGGGAGCUGAAAGCUGCCUUCCACGAAAAGGUUGAGGAGAUGUCUCAGCACUACGUCGACGUCCUGGAGCUCAAAGCCAGGGAGAGGUUAAACAGCGGCCUCCGGAGAUAUCGAGCUCUGUGUCACGUGACUGAAUCCCAUGGCCUUCCUUGUCACGUGACCUGCCAGUCCCCAGAGACGAAGGCACCAAACACCCGCAAUAAAAACGACCACGGCAACAAUAUAUGGCUGUCCACUCUGCUGAGCAGCCUGCCUGAGGAGGUGUGCAGGGAGCGAGCGGUGAGCCGGGUGCUGGAGAAGCUGAGUGGUUUUGCAGAGCAGCAGACGCUCAGGGUUCGACCUCAGGUCUUCCUGAAGGUGCUCGGGGGUCUUGAGCUGUGGGAGCUCUGUCUGCCUGAGCUCUGUGUGGCCAUCCAGAUUGCCACGGAGCAUGUUGUCCAGAUGCCAAAGGACGAGUACGACUCCUGGUUGUGUUCAAGGGUCACUCUGCCCCCGCAGAGCCACGGCGCCCCGCAAACACCAGGUGAACCACACUCAUUAAGACCUGGAGGACAAACAGAUGAAGGGAACACAGGGACACCAGGGUUGUAAAUCAAAUGUGAGCUCAAGGCUGAAAUAGUAAUACAAUUUGUCUCAAAAGUAACGGGGCAAAAAUUGAUAAGUAAAAGUGACAAGAAGGGUUAGUUAUCUUGCAUUUUCACCAAUUCACCUGACU